UCCACAUGCUUCUGUUUCCUGAGAACUAAGAUCCGCUCAGGGUGCAGCAAACAGACGCGUGUGUCAAUACACACAGAAGACCGAGGAAAUCUUCCUUUGCUACUCAAUCAGUUGCUCAACGGAAAGACAGGCUUCACUUCACUUUUGUUUGCGUGGGUGUGGAGCGAGGGGAGGAGAGGAGGAAGGAAAGAAGGGGUGUUCCUCCUUGUCCCCUCCUUCUCACCCAUUAUAUUUGACAAAAAAAACCCCACUUGACCAGCCUCCUCUCCAUUCCCAUGGAUCGUGUUACGGGAGACUCCAGUACGAAGACAUCUGCUCCACUAACAGCGGAGCGCGUCCCCGUGUCCCAGCCCUGCGACCGAUCCAGCCUCCCGAGGUGCCCCCUCCUCCUCCUCCUCCUCCUGUGAUCUCGCUGUUAUUAGUGUUAACGCAGUGAUCAUGAGGAGCCACUGUGCGUGCACCCCCCACGUUUUCCGGCUGUAGUUCCCCCGGCUAGCGCGUCCCUGCUCCAUCACCCUCCUGUGCGUCAGAGAGGCGAGUAGCGGCUUUGGAGCGAGAAGCAGACCCCGGUGCCGUAUCGAGUAGCACAUUUCUUUUUGUCUGUGCGCUCCGCAGGCUGCUGGCUGUGGGCUUUGCGGCUUCGCAUCCUCCCCUCUGCUGGCUACUUUGUUGUAGGAGAGAACAACGAAAGGCGGAUGAAAACAAAGAUCCCCAUGCCAGAUGUUUGAAAACGCUUAAACAUCGUGAUAACAGAUUUAUUUUCCUUUCUACGAGCUUUUUUGUUCGUUUCUGACACCAUGGAUUCGGUGGAGAAGGAGUGUGGAGCGCUGGGUGGAUUAUUCCAGGCCAUCGUGAACGACAUGAAGAGCUCUUACCCUGUGUGGGAAGACUUCAGUGCCAAGGCCACAAAACUGCACUCUCAACUCAGGACCACAAUUCUGGCAGCAGUGGCCUUUUUAGAUGCCUUUCAGAAGGUAGCAGACAUGGCUACCAACUCUAGAGGUGCCACCAGGGACAUCGGCUCAGCUCUGACGAGGAUGUGCAUGCGACAUCGCAGCAUUGAGGCAAAAUUACGCCACUUCACCAAUGCUCUUAUGGAAGGCCUGGUUACGCCGCUCCAGGACAAGUUAGAGGAAUGGAAGAAGACAGCUAAUCAGUUGGACAAAGACCAUGCCAAAGAAUACAAGCGGUCUCGUCAGGAAAUCAAAAGGAAGUCAUUAGAUACCUUAAAGCUACAGAAAAAAGCAAGAAAAGAGCUUCUAGGCCGGGGUAACUUGCGCCCCCAGCUGGACAGUGCCAUGCAGGACGUCAAUGACUUGUACCUGCUGAUGGAGGAGACGGAGAAGCAGGCAGUGCGCAGAGCCCUCCUGGAGGAGAGAGGGCGUUACUGUACAUUCAUUAACCUGCUGCAGCCUGUGGUGAAUGUUGAGAUUGCCAUGCUGGGAGAGAUAACACAUUUGCAGCCAAUUAUUGAUGACCUUACUGUGUUGACUGAAGACCCGCACAAGCUGCCACCAGCCAGUGAGCAGGUGAUCCGGGACCUGAAAGGCUCAGACUACAGCUGGUCCUACCAGACCCCUCCCUCCUCCCCCAGUAGCACUGGCUCCAGGAAGAGCAGCAUGUGCAGUCUCCUCCAGAUGCCCUCUGCAGGAGCCCAUCGGCUCAGCAGCGUCUCCUCCCACGACUCAGGCUUCGUCUCCCAGGACGCCAACACCCACUCUAAGCCUCCAUCCCCCAUGCCCUCUGACAUCACCAGCCAGAAAUCAACAAGCUCUGCCUCCUCUGAGGCUUCAGAAACCUGCCAGUCUGUCAGCGAGUGCAACUCUCCUACAGCGUUUGGCUCAUGCUCAUCCUUCAGUACCUUCCGCCCUGCUUUCUCUCACACUGGCACCAUCAGGCCUCUCUCUGUCAUACUUCCUGCGUCCCCCACAUUUAACCACCCCCCUGGAUCCAAUACUCCCUCACCUACAUCAAAGGUUCCUAGCUGGAAGCAAGACUGGGCUAAAUUAAGUUCCUGUGAGCCAACACUGGCCAGCACUCCGCAGCGUAGGAGGGAGUCUGUGGAUAAGAUGAGGGAACUGGAGGCUCCACCCAGUCCACAGGGGUAUUCUGGGAUGCAACCAGAUGAUCCACACAAAGCAAGAACCAUUGCAGCCAAGCAUGGCGAGCCCCUCUCUCCAGCAGCCAGCACUCUAGCUAUGGUUCUGACCAGAGGUUUGACUAUGGAGCAGCAGAAAAGCAGCAGGGACUCUCUGCAGUACUCCAGCGGCUACAGCACCCAGACCAACACCCCCUCCUGCUCCGAGGACACCAUACCCUCCCAAGGUUCAGAUUAUGAGUGCUACUCUCUCAAUGGGGAUGCAGACAGUGAAGGGCAAGCAGACUUUGACAAGUCCUCCACCAUCCCACGCCACAGUAACAUUGCUCAGAGCUACCGCCGCAUGAUCCAAACCAAGAGGCCUGCUAGCACAGCAGGUCUGCCUGCAGGUAAGACCCUGCAGGGAAUCCAAAACAGUGCAGGGGGAAGCGGUUCUGGAGCAAUUGCCUCGGGGACAGCCACCAUUCGCCGGACUCCAUCCUCUAAAAAUAGUGUGAGACGCACACCAUCCGCAUCUGGACCUAUUCCCAUACGGCCCCCCAUCGUGCCAGUUAAGACCCCCACAGUACCAGACUCUCCAGGGUGUGCCAGCCCGUCCCAGCAUCAUGCAGGCAGUGAGGAGUUUCUGUACAGUGAUGACCCAUCUGCUGCUAACUACAUGAGGGCUUCUCCUAAGCGAAUGAGUCUCCCUGACACAGCUUGGGCUUGUCGAGGAGGAGGGUCAGACAGGACUGUUUUCUCCCAGCAGGCCCCUGGUGUGGCCGCCCGUGGUGCUGAGGAGGAUCUUCUGCUUGCUGCCAACCGCCACAGCCUGGUCGAGAAGAUAGGAGAGCUGGCAGCCAGUGCCCACGCCCUGGGUGAGGGUCACUUCCCCUUCCCCAGUUCACUGCCAGGGGAUCUGGCUCAGUGUGUGCCCCAGGAAUCAUCCUCUGCAACCCAGGAAGAUCUGGAUAUGCUGGUGUUGAUACGCCGAGGGGUGAAACUCCGCAAGACAGUGACUGAUGACAGGUCGGCUCCCAUGAUCCUGCGGUAGCUGAGAGAGGAGAAGGCUGCGAAGAAGCUGCCGUGGUGCCCAUUUUACAAACUGAAGCUUUGUAGUGAAAUGCAACAGUGCUCAUAAAACACAUGAACAGAGGCACAAGUAACAGAAGAUGUAACGUGGUCAGUGAAGACCAAUCAACAGAAUAAGGAAUGACCAUGGACAACAUCAAAUUAUUUCAUGUCACGUUUGUAUUGCGUACGUACAACGUAUUCCAUAGUUUUUGGUUUUUCUUCUUCUUUUUGUUCGUUUUGUUUGUGUCCUUGUCUUUGGGUUCACUGUGCAUUACUGCUCCGUAUGUGACCAGUUGUUUGAGUCGUUUGUCUCUUUAGACCCAGUGAUGAAGACAUCACAGCUGUAGGGACUGGAUGCUCCCUGCCUUUGCUUUCGCUCUUAUCAUUAUUAUAAUAUUGUGCAUUUCUUAAUUAACACAGCCACCUGUCUGUGGAACAUGGUGGGCGAAGUGCUCAGUGAGCCCGUCUGUGUGUAUCUCAUCAUUACUGUACAAAUACCAUAUUACUGGUUUGUUUCAUAAGCUGAGCAGCAGCUGUGUAAAGUCAUGUAAAAUAGAAGCAAUAUGGCAGUAUUUUUAUUGCUGUCCUGUACUGUCACUAUAUUCUGCAAUUAAACAAGCUUUCUACUGUUAAA